AUGGAUUCAGCUGGAAUCACAAAUAAUGAUAGUGUCAGUGCUGGUGAUGUGAAUCAAAGGGAGAGGUUUUCUGUGGAAUUGACACCCGGCCAAACGAAUAUCGUGUCAUUAAAGAAACUAAGGCGUGAAGCUGGUGAAGUGGUGUCCGAUGAUUCUUUAGAAGAAGAAAACGAGGCAGAAAAGUACAUCUUUGCAAUAGUACCAAAAAACAAACGAAGUGGUGCAUUACCAAAACAGAAAAGAAGUGGUGCAGUCCCGGUCCGGGAUACAGUGGCCCUAAAUAUUGGAAAAAACAAACAUUCUGAAUCAUCAAAUCUAAAAGACCCUGUUCAGUUGGAAAACAAAUCUAAAGAUAAGGGAAAGAAGAUUUCAAGUUCUGCAAAUUUGAAAUUUCAGGAUGAUAAGUCAACACAGCAUGAACGUUCAAUGAGCAAACAAGUUGAGCAAAGACUAGAGAGAACAACAGCAGAGCACUUGACAGAAGCACCUAAAUCAGGUGAUGAUGGUCUUGACAGGUCAAUCUUGCAGCUAGAGAACUUGGUUAAACUUUCAAAGGCACCACUUACACAUGUGCAAGGGCCGGAUGCUAUAGAAAAACAAUUGUCUCCUGAGCUCAAACAGAAUCUUGCAGAAGUUGCUAGGUCAACGCAACUAAUUGAGGGGGAAAUAUCUCAAGAAUUGAUAAAUCGUCUCAUGGGCAUUCUUGGAAAUCACAUCAAGCGCAAAACUUUGAAGAAAAUAUUGAAGGAAAUGAUACUUGAGGACCUAUAUGCUAGAAAAACAAAAUGCAGUGAUUUCAAACAGACUAAGAAGGAUUUGGUCGAAAUGAUCAGACAUCAGGCUCCCUCUUCGAACGUCAAGGAAUUUUCUACUUCUGAACAUAGCACAGGCACAUAUGGUAUGGGCCAUCAGUUAGAGGAUAAGUUAUUUGAUGUGUAUGACACAUUUUGUCAGGGUUCUUAUAAAGAUAUGGCUCCCUCUUUGAUCAGAAAGCUGUAUGUGGAGAUAAUAUCUCGAGUUCUUCAGGCUGUUGGCCAUUGGUUCAAACUGGAGUUGUCACCAAUGACACCUGCAGUAAAGACGUAG